GAUGGUGUCGCUUAAAGGGCUCUCAUUUUAGUUUUCUUCCAUUCUGAAGCUUACCCUUCAUUUUUAACAAAAUAACUCUCACAGGUGUGAAACAAUGCGUGUUAUACUUGCUGGUGACCGCGUUAAUCUAAUUGGUGUGAUAAUUUCUUGCAUUACAACUGUGUUUUUUUGUUUUGUUUUUUUUACAGGGGAAUUAAUUUCUUUACCCUUUACAGAAUAAUUCCUACGAACACAAAUGUUGCUUGUGCUCGCUGUCAUUAAUAAUCUGCUUUGUGUUGUGCUGUUUUCCUUCAGCGAGCAGGUGUUGUGAUUUCCCUUCAAGCUGUAGCCGUGAUUAAGUGCUCCACAAAAAAAAAAGAAGUACUCCUCCAAAUAUGUGAGCUAAAUUAUUGUAAGUUGGUGGGGAGAUCAUCAUAUCCCGUUAACCAACGGAAGAUUGCAUUUGAAGGAUUUUUUUUUUCUCCCCCUUCAAAAAUCCUGUCGAGCCCCGCGGUCUGAUAAACUAUAGAAAAUCCACAGAUGACUGCUGCUUUCUCCUGGCAAAAUCGGAUUUUUCUGUCUCACUAAUCCCUUGUCACAAUCUGCAUCCUGUAUAUCUCUCUCGCUCUGCCUCGUCCUCCCUCUGUCUCUCUCUCUCUUUCUCUUUCUAUGUACAUGUGUGUGUGUGUGUGUGUGUGUGUGUGUGUGUGUGCAACAGACAGUCCGUCCCAUUCUGUCAGGCCGAGCCACCCUUGAUUGAGGAUGUACAUCGUUGCCUUACUUGAGCGAGAACACUAAAACAGACCUGGAUCAGCGGUGAUUACAAGCAGGUGCACAGAUGACUGGGGCAGAGGGGGGCUGAGAGGGACGGGACGAAAGUUUGGACGGCCUGUGCGACGUAACAGCGGAAAAACCAUGCCAAUAAUGAAAAGGGCACCUGUGUUGCCUUCCCUCCGAGGACUACCAGCCAGCAACCCUGCUCGGUGGUGGCACAGCCGGGCGAAGCCAGCUCUGAUCUGACCGCCUGCUGGGCUUUGGGAGUGGAUGAAAAUCUCCAAGGCGUGAAAAAAAAAAAAAAAAAAAAAAAAAAAAUGCGGUUGUGGUGGAUUUUACUCUUUGGCUUUUGGAGUGUCUGUGGGGAACUGCCAUUCAUAGCGGAGAACAACGCAGCCAUGCUGGUCAACUGGAAUGCUGUUGACGGGAACAAAAAGCUGUACGCCAUUUAUGAUACGAGCGUCAACGAACCGGGGAACAUGUCUUUCGUCAAAGAGACUGUGGACAAACUAUUGAAAGGAUAUGAUAUCCGUCUUCGGCCAGACUUUGGAGGUCCUCCUGUUGCUGUUGGCAUGAGUAUAGACGUGGCGAGUAUAGACAUGGUGUCAGAAGUCAAUAUGGACUACACGCUGACUAUGUACUUCCAGCAGUAUUGGAGAGAUAAGAGGUUAUCCUACGCAGGGAUCCCUCUCAACUUGACGCUGGACAACAGAGUAGCUGACCAGCUCUGGGUCCCAGAUACUUACUUCCUCAAUGACAAGAAGUCCUUUGUGCACGGUGUCACUGUUAAAAACCGUAUGAUUCGACUCCACCCAGAUGGCACCGUUCUCUACGGCCUCAGAAUAACGACGACAGCAGCCUGCAUGAUGGAUCUGCGGCGAUACCCACUGGACGAACAGAACUGCACUCUGGAAAUUGAGAGUUAUGGCUACACAACAGAUGAUAUCGAGUUCUACUGGAAAGGCGGAGACACUGCUGUGACCGGGGUGACGCGCAUCGAGCUCCCUCAGUUCUCCAUAGUUGACUACAAACUGGUCUCCAGAAAUGUGGUCUUUUCCACAGGUGCCUACCCUCGACUGUCUCUGAGCUUUAAGCUGAAGCGAAACAUCGGAUACUUCAUCCUGCAGACGUACAUGCCCUCCAUCCUCAUCACCAUCCUGUCCUGGGUGUCGUUCUGGAUAAAUUAUGACGCCUCAGCGGCCAGAGUCGCAUUAGGGAUCACCACUGUGCUGACCAUGACAACCAUCAACACCCAUUUGAGAGAGACACUACCCAAGAUCCCCUACGUCAAAGCUAUAGACAUGUACCUGAUGGGCUGCUUCGUGUUUGUCUUCCUGGCUCUCCUGGAAUAUGCCUUCGUCAACUACAUCUUCUUUGGACGAGGUCCUCAGAUGCAGAAGAAACUGGCCGAGAGGGCGCAGAAGGCAAGCAAUGACCGCAACAAAUUUGACAGACCCAAGUCCAUUCGUGAAGGAGGCAAUUGCAAGACUUCAUCUCUUAAACUAUCCAAUCAGGUAGAAGGCCGUCGUCACUCACAACGGGUCGACUCCCAGGGUAACAUUUUGCUGACAACCUUGGAGAUCCACAACGAAGUGGGAGGGAACCAGAUCACAACCACGCUUAGUGAAACUCACAACUCCUCCUCCAUGGUGUUCGACAACUCGGGGGUCCAGAACAGGAAACCAAGUGCACCGCGCGAGUCCGGUCGCCUCAGUCUGGACAGGAAUGCACAUCUUAAGAAAACUCGUCUGCAGAGACGAUCUUCCCAGCUCAAAAUCAAAAUCCCCGACCUCACCGAUGUGAACGCCAUCGACAGAUGGUCACGGAUUAUAUUCCCCUUCACUUUCUCCUUCUUCAACCUAAUCUACUGGCUUUAUUACGUCAAUUAAUUCCUCUCUGUCUCAUUCAAGUUUUUGAAUGAGUGAAGACUGAUGAGGUGAACCCUGGUGGAAAUGGUGAAAUCUUGAACUUUUUUUUUUUAUCAAUAGCGAGUGCUGACUUUGACAAGAGAACUGUCUCUCAGACCGUGCACAUUUACAAGGAGUUAUCUGCAGGACAUGUAUUUUACAAAGACUCGCAUGGACUGUUCGUCACUCUCUGCUCUAACCUCUGUGAACACCAUGGGUUGAAGCAAAGUAUUAUUUACACUGCUUUAUAUCAGUUAUUACGACUGUCCCCAAAACCUCCAGUAUGAAAUGUUGUCACACUAUUACAACUCGUUUCUAA